GCUCUUCCAUUCAGUCAAUGUUAGUCGCAGCAAUGAUUGUCUACAGAGCAGUAAUCCUCUAUUGUUUACAAGUAGUGUACGCCAAAAACUUAAUGAAAGAAAUUGUUGAAAGUUAUGGUUAUCCCAUCGAGGAAUACAAAGAUAUCCAAACUCCAAAUGGCUAUUUUUUGACGUUACAUCGUAUUCCGUACGGAAGAAAGAUGACGGACAAGGUGGAUAUCAGGGAACCAGUGUUCCUGAUGCACGGAUUAUUCGCUUCUUCUGUUAAUUUCGUAUUCGCUGGACCAAAUAUUAGUAUUGCUUACCAACUAGCCGAUCGCGGAUACGACGUCUGGAUGGGGAAUGCUCGUACCACAUCGUAUUCAAAGAAACAUGCAAUUUAUGAUAUUAAAUCGUUUGACUUUUGGAAUUUUACAAUUGAUGAUUUAGCAGUGAAUGAUUUGGGUACAUCGAUUGAUUAUGUAUUGAGGAAAACUAAUCGCAAACAGCUAACUUACAUGGGUCAUUCCCAUGGUAACACUAUAUUUGCUAUCUUGUUGAAUGAGCGACCAGAGUUCAAUGAGAAAAUAAAAUUAUACGUAGGUUUGGCUCCAGCAAUGUCUUUCACCGUAAUAUACCAUCCCUGGUUGAUGAGUACGUCAUAUUUCAUACCAAUUUUCAGAGAGUUAGGAAUGUACGAGUUUCCCCCGAUGCUUAACAAUAUAAACGACAUGAUGUCUUUCCUUUGCCACAACAACGUAGCUGAUCCAAUAUGUAUAUUUGUCAUUGAAUUGAGCGUAGGGUCCGAGAAGAGUAUGAACAAAACCGCAACGAAUCCCUUUUUCCAGCACCUUGUGGAAGGAAUCAGUUACAAAAAUUUCCAGCACUUGGCGCAAAUAUAUUUCUCAGAUGGAAAAUUACGGAAAUUCGAUUUUGGUAUAAAUGAGAACAUUCGGAUAUAUGGAAAGGCAAUACCACCCGAUUAUGAAAUAAAUCAAGUUCGUGUACCAACAGCUAUUUAUUACGCCUAUUACGAUUGGUUGAAUUCAAGAGAGGACAUUGCAAUCGUCGUGAAAGAAUUACCUAAUAUAGUUGAUGAUUAUUUAAUUCCUCAAAAAGUUUUCAACCAUUUCGACUUUCUUUGGGCAAGAAAUAUUAAAGAACUACUCUACAACAGAAUAAUUAAUCUUAUAGACUCG